CACACAUGAGUAUCACAAUUUUUAUUCCCCGUGCCAAAACACCCCCCACAAAGUAAUUAAAAGAUUUAAAACCUUCUCUCAGAUUUUCUCUCACUAAAAUAACUUUUCUGUUUUCUUCUGCGUUUCCAAACCUGAACUCUUUUUUUCUUGGAACUCCAUCACCGGCAGCCGGCAGGUCUUCGAUCUCCAGCACCGGCGAUCUCGGGCCAUCACAACAGGUCUUUGCUUUCAAUCUCUUUUCUCAAACGUUUAAACUUCAAUGGUUUUUUCUUAUUCUCAUUCAAUUACUUCUUCAUACGUAUACACUUGUUUAUAUAUAAAAGAGUUCGCUAACUAACUUCCUACGAUUAAGGAAGUACAACAGAAUAUUCUAACCUUUCUUAACAAGUUCUCUAAAAACAUAAUUAAUAUAAUCAAUUUCUUAACAAAGAUCGUUAUAAAGAUGGCCUUAGCUUGGGCAGGCAAGACAGCUAUGAAGUGGGUCUAAAUUAUGGGUUUGAAUUUGAUAAAAAGCUUGGAUUCUACUGUGGUUUUGUUGAUGUUUGGACCUCAGUGUUUUAGAUUGAACACGGGUCACUUCUCUGCUCGGCUCCAGAGAAUUAUACAUCAGAUUCAGGGGCUGCUUAUGAAGUACCCAUUUAUAGAUCCUGAAGAUGAGAGCAAAGAUGACAUUUUAAAAGAGCUUAGGUUGAAGUUUAAGUCUAUUUGUGCUACUUUAGGACUGACAUUGGUAUGCAAGGGAUACCCAAAAAUGUCUGAUGCUGAUGAUUAUUGACUUUUGGGAAUAACUAAUAAGUGAGAUUGGGAAGGCUAGUGGAGUAAUAAAAUGUUAAGACCUGUGCUUGCUUGUUGCAAGUUAUACAUAUCUGAAAGCCGCAACAAAGCUGCCCUUGUGUCUAUUGAACGAGCUGUCAAGCUUUUGUCUGGAGCUAGAAUUAUCAAUAAGUUUGAAGAUGAAACUUACAAUAGAGUUGGUUAUACUCUUGUUUCUAAGUUACCUCCAAAUUUUUCUUCGGGCGAUUGCUCUCUAAAAGAUGUUGCAUUUGCAAUGGUUAAAGCUGCUUUGAUAGCAGUUAAUUUCAAUAGUCACAGUGGAACCCAUCCUCGUCUAGGAGUUGUUGAUCACAUUUGCUUUCACCCAUUGGGUAUUGCUUCUAUGGAGCAAACGACUUAUAUUGCAAGGUCUUUGGCCAGAGAAGUUGGCACCAAGCUUGAAGUACCAACCUUUCUCUAUGGAGCGGCACAUGAAGAGGGACGCACUCUUGAUUCCAUUAGAAGAGGGCUUGGUUACUUUAGGCCCAACACUCGCGGAAAUAUUUGGGUUGGGGGGCCAAAUUCGCAGCAUUUACCUUUGUCCCCAGAUGAAGGGCCUAGUCAUGUUGAUCUAUCUAAGGGCGUUGUUGUUAUAGGGAGUACAAGAUGGGUGGAUAAUUACAAUGUCCCAAUCUUUUCAACAGAUUUUUCAGCUGUUCGUAGAAUUGCUAAACUCGUCAGCGAAAGAGGAGGUGGACUUCCGUCAGUGCAAGCUAUGGCGCUUGCUCACGGUGAGGGAACAAUCGAGGUAGCUUGCAAUUUGUUGGAACCGAGCAAGGUUGGAGGCGAUCAAGUUCAAAUUGAGGUUGAGCGUCUUGCAAAGGAAGAAGGUAUGGUUGCUGGAAAGGGUUACUUCACUGAUUUUUCUGAAGAAAAAAUCAUCAAUGCUUUCUUGGAUUAUAAAGAUUCAUCUAUUGACCAUUAACGUACUGAAUUGUGAAUAUCAUUGCCCUUGUAUUAAUUAUACAUUCAUGAAUUAUGGAAAAUUUAUGGAGAUGCUGUAUUUUUUGUUGCAUCUUGCUCUUAUAAUAAUCACAUGAUGUAAUUAGACUAUGCGUUACUAGCUGUAAUAUACUCUAUUGCCUGGAAAUUAGGUUACUGAGCAGGGUAGAAA